AUGUCGUUUGAUCAAUUACAUAAGGCAACUGAAAAGACACUAUUGGAAGAAGUAGACCAGAUAUGUCAACAAUUUGUGGUCACCCCUGAAAAAUUAGACGAAUUGACCGCUUAUUUUAUCGAACAGAUGGAAUUGGGUUUGAACUCUACAGAUGCUGAUAGUGCAGACAAUAAAGGUUUGCCCAUGAUACCAACUUUCGUCACAGGUAAACCAAACGGUACAGAGAGUGGUGUUCUCUUAGCCGCUGAUCUGGGUGGUUCCCAUUUCAGAGUCUGUUCCGUCACUUUGAAUGGGGACCACACCUACCAUAUCGAACAAUUGAAAUCAAAGAUCCCAGAAGAAUUACUAGAAGAAACAGGUGUCACAUGUGAUGACCUUUUCGGUUAUUUGGCAAGACGUACAAAGGCCUUUUUAACACGUAAUCAUCCUGAACUUUUGAAACCAAACCCAGAGACAGGAAAAAUCGGCUCUUUGAAAAUGGGUUUCACUUUCUCUUACCCUAUAGCACAAACCUCUUUAAACUCUGGUAAAUUGAUCAGAUGGACCAAAGGGUUCAACAUCCCAGAUGCUGUCGGUAAAGACGUUGUUGAAUUGUAUCAGGAACAAUUGUUGAACUAUGGGUUGGACAUGAUCAACGUCGUUGCUUUGACUAAUGACACCACAGGUACUUUCUUGUCCCACUGUUAUACAUGUGGUGGUUUGAAUAAUUCCGGUGAAAUCUCUGAACCCGUCAUCGGCUGUAUCUUCGGUAGUGGUACUAACGGUUGUUACAUGGAAAAUAUCGAGAAUAUCCACAAACUGCCAAAGGAUCUAAGAGACCAUUUGUUGGCCCAAGGCAAGACAAAGAUGUGUAUCAACACUGAAUGGGGGUCCUUUGACAACGAAUUGAAACACUUGCCAAACACUAAGUGGGAUCAACAAAUCGAUCAAGAAUUCUCUCCAAACCCAGGAUUCCAUCUGUUCGAAAAAAGAGUAUCUGGUAUGUACCUUGGUGAAAUCUUAAGAACAAUCUUGGUAGAUCUACAUUCCAAGAAACUUCUAUUGCAACAAUAUAGAACCCACGAUCAAUUGCCACACCGUUUAAAGACACCAUUCCAGCUACAAAGUGAAGUACUAGCACGUAUCGAAAUUGAUGAUUCCUCCACUCUACGUGAAACUGAAUUAUCCUUCUUACAAAGCUUGAGACUACCGACCACUUUGGCUGAAAGAAAGGCUAUCCAAAAUUUGGUUAGAGCCAUAACUAGAAGAUCUGCCUACUUAGCCUCUGUACCAAUUGCUGCAAUUCUAAUUAAGACUAACGCCUUGGAACAAAGAUACCAUGGUGAAGUCGAGAUUGGUUGUGAUGGUUCUGUUAUUGAAUACUACCCAGGUUUCAGAUCUAUGUUAAGACAUGCUUUAGCUUUAUCCCCACUUGGUCAUGAAGGUGAAAGAAAGAUUCAUUUGAGAAUUGCUAAAGAUGGUUCCGGUGUUGGUGCAGCAUUGUGUGCAUUAGUAGCAUGA